GGCGAGGUUUUGAUUGCGAGUAGGAAGCUUUUUUGCACUCUACCGGGGCUGCAGUUCAGGCUGCUGACACGGGGCAAGUAGCAGACGGAAGAGAGCUAGCGAGCGAACAAGUCACUGCAGCUGCUGCGGCUGCCGCCGCCGCUGCCUCAGUGAGUCGGAGCAGAGGCGUCUGGAGCUCGGCUGCGCUCGGAGCUCAGCCCGGGUGCGCCGCCGUGGCAGCCUAGCCCUGCCUGACCGCCCCGCUCCGGGCAGGGGAUCCCCGAACCUUCUUCCACUGCGGCACAUACCUCUCUCUCGGAUAGUGUUAGAGGAAGAAAGGGGGUGCCCGUAGCCCACCGGCUGUGUCCCGGGAGGACGACGAGGAAGAGGAAGCCUCGGUAGCUCUAGCAUCCCUCUCUCUCCCAGCCCGUCUCAGUCCUGGGCUCUGUCGGGCAUGGAGCCUUGGAGACAAUGCGCUCAGUGGCUCAUCCAUUGCAAGGUGCUGCCCGCCAACCACCGGGUGACCUGGGACUCUGCCCAGGUGUUUGACCUGGCUCAGACGCUCCGCGAUGGGGUUCUGCUCUGCCAGCUGCUCAACAACUUGAAGGGUCACUCCAUCAAUCUCAAGGAGAUCAACCUGAGGCCCCAGAUGUCCCAGUUCCUCUGCCUGAAGAACAUAAGGACUUUUCUAGCAGCUUGUUGCGAGACAUUUGGGAUGAGAAAAAGUGAACUCUUCGAAGCUUUUGAUUUGUUUGAUGUUCGGGAUUUUGGAAAGGUCAUAGAAACACUGUCAAGGCUUUCUCGUACACCUAUUGCAUUAGCCACAGGAAUUAGACCAUUCCCUACUGAAGAAAGUGUCAACGACGAAGAAAUCUACAAAAGCCUUCCUGACUUAAUAGAUGAAACCCGUGCAGAUGAUGAAGAAGAUUUGUAUGACUGUGUUUAUGGAGAAGAUGAAGGGGGAGAAGUGUAUGAGGACCUGAUGAAGGCUGAAGAAGCUCAGCAGCCGAAGUGUCUAGAAAAUGACAUCCGAAGCUGCUGCCUUGCAGAGAUCAAGCAGACAGAAGAGAAGUAUACGGAAACAUUGGAAUCAAUAGAAAAAUAUUUCAUGACACCACUGAAAAGAUUUCUGACAGCUACAGAGUUUGAUACUGUAUUCAUCAACAUUCCUGAACUGGUGAAAGUUCACCGAAGCCUGACGCAAGAGAUUAAUGACUCCAUUGCCAAUAAAAAUGAUCAGAAUUUAUAUCAAAUUUUCAUUAACUACAAGGAAAGAUUAGUUAUUUAUGGGCAGUAUUGCAGCGGAGUAGAGUCAGCCAUCUCUGGUUUAGACUUUAUUUCUAAGACAAAAGAAGAUGUCAAGUUGAAACUCGAGGAAUGUUCUAAGAGGGCAAACAAUGGGAAAUUCACGCUUCGAGAUUUGCUUGUGGUUCCUAUGCAGCGGGUUCUAAAGUAUCAUCUCCUGCUCCAGGAACUAGUAAAACACACAACUGAUCCCCUUGAGAAGGCAAACCUCAAACAGGCCCUUGAUGCAAUGAAGGACUUGGCACAAUAUGUAAAUGAGGUGAAGAGAGACAAUGAGACCCUCCGUGAAAUAAAGCAGUUUCAAUUAUCCAUAGAGAAUCUGAAUCAGCCUGUCUUGGUGUUUGGAAGACCUCAGGGAGAUGGGGAAAUCAGAAUAACAACUUUAGACAAACACACCAAACAAGAAAGGCAUAUCUUCUUGUUUGACUUGGCAGUCAUUGUGUGCAAAAGGAAAGGUGAUAACUAUGAGAUGAAGGAAAUAAUAGAUCUUCAGCAGUACAAAAUUGCCAACAACCCUACAACUGACAAAGAAAACAAAAAGUGGUCUUAUGGCUUCUAUCUCAUUCAUACACAAGGACAAAAUGGACUGGAAUUCUAUUGCAAAACAAAAGAUUUGAAGAAAAAAUGGCUUGAACAGUUUGAAAUGGCAUUAUCUAACAUAAGGCCAGACUAUGCAGAUUCAAACUUUCAUGACUUCAAAAUGCACACUUUCACGCGGGUUACAUCCUGUAAAGUCUGCCAGAUGCUUCUGAGAGGAACAUUUUAUCAAGGCUAUUUAUGUUUCAAGUGUGGCGCCAGAGCACACAAAGAAUGUUUAGGAAGAUUAGACAAUUGUGGCAGAGUUAAUUCAGGUGAACAAGGGAAGCUCAAACCUGAGAAACCACCCAAUGGACUUCGAAGACUCCCUAGACAAAUGGAUCCAGGCCUACCGAAGAUGCAGGUCAUUAAGAAUUACACUGGAAAUCCACAACCUCCACUACAAGAAGGACCUCCCUUGCACAUCCAGCUGGGGGAUACAGUUGAGCUUUUGAGAGGAGAUGCCCAUAGCUUAUUCUGGCAGGGAAGGAACUUAGCAUCAGGGGAGAUUGGCUUCUUUCCUAGUGAAGCAGUUAAGCCUUGUCCAUGUGUGCCCAAACCAGUAGACUAUUCUUGCCAACCAUGGUAUGCAGGAGCAAUGGAAAGACUGCAAGCAGAGACUGAACUUAUUAAUAGGGUAAAUAGUACUUACCUUGUGCGACACAGGACCAAAGAGUCAGGAGAAUACGCAAUUAGCAUUAAGUACAAUAAUGAAGCAAAACACAUCAAGAUUUUAACAAGAGAUGGCUUUUUCCACAUUGCAGAAAAUAGGAGAUUUAAAAGUUUAAUGGAACUUGUCGAGUACUAUAAGCAUCAUUCUCUUAAAGAAGGCUUCAGGACUUUAGAUACUACUCUUCAAUUCCCAUACAAGGAGCCUGAAAAUUCAGCUGGACAGAGGGGUAAUAGAGCAAGCAGCAACUUGUUGAGCCCCAAAGUUCUGGGCAUAGCUAUCGCACGAUAUGACUUUUGUGCAAGAGACAUGAGAGAACUCUCUUUGUCGAAAGGUGAUGUGGUGAAAAUUUACACAAAAAUGAGUGUAAACGGCUGGUGGAGAGGAGAAGCAAAUGGAAGGGUGGGCUGGUUUCCAUCAACAUAUGUGGAAGAGGAUGAAUGACUUCAAUCCUAAUUUUGCAGUCUGGAUCAGAAAUUUCAGGGACGAGUGAUGAACAAAAAAACCACAAAGCAUUAUGAACUGAUUGAAGUAUUUGAAAGGCUGCAUUUCUGGCUAAUCAACAUCCUUCCUCCUCCUGUCUUCUCCAGUCUUAAUGUUGGGAUUUCUAAAGAUGCUCAUACUGACAGAUUAAUGGCUUGCCUAGAGUUGGGCAAGAAACAACCUGCCAGUCUGUCAUCAUCUGGGACCAGUGCAAAGCCAAAACCUUCUCUUCUCAGAAGAACUCAGCAAAUACGUUUCUUUAUGUUUCCUUUCACUUCUUUCAUAGACCACUGUCAAUGCCAGCCAUUAGUAAAUGUUUAAUGCACCUUUACUUCUCCUCCCUUCCUGUCUCAUCACACUCCUCUUCCCUUCCCUAGUCAUUGAAAUCUUUGAUGGUACAAAGAACUAGAGCCUUUUACCUAUCAUAGCACAAAGCAAAAUCAGAGUUCUGUCACAUAGACCACUUAUGUGAAAAGUUUAGUCACUUGUCUUAAAAUAUCAGUGAGGCUACUUACCCCUUCACAAAUACUUUUUGUCUUACAGAUUUUCCUGGCAGAAAUACCUGUGAAAACUUCUAAGUUUUCUAUCUACUUUGUGUAAGAGUUGAGAUAUUUGAAGUGAUGUCUUUUUACUCCUUGCCUUGGCAAGUGAAAUUUUUUUUUUUUUUGAAAACUGAAUUUAAAAAAAAAAAAAGCAAACCUUAUUACUAAAUCCAGAGAACUAUUUGUGAUUUUGUAAGGUGGUUGUGGCAACUUUGUACUGAAGUUUUUGAGGAAAACUUGGCUCGGUAUCCUUUUGGUGGCUUCUAGCCAGCUGAUCACAGUGUCUGUGUUUACAUCAGCCAGAUCAAGGGCUAUAUUGAUAAAUGUCACUUCUAGACAAAUAUCAUCUACAGGAAAUAUUUCCUCCUCCCUUCUCCUCUCUCUCUCUCUCUCUCUCUCUCUCUCUCUCUCUCUCUCUCAUAUUUCUCCUCCCCCAAAUCUGUGACAUAUACUACAUUGCUCCCCUUGAAACUUCCAAUGCAAAAGACUGAAGGAUUGCUAACAGCACAAAUCCUUCUGUUGUGAUUUCUAGAAGAAAGAGUACAUGACUAUGGCUUUCAUUCUCAUUCAUGUCUCUGAAUUUCAAAGCUAAAUAAAGACUCACCUAAUGUUUUCUUGGGAGAGCUUAAGACUUCUCCCAAUUGUCUUUAAAUUUGUGGGCCAUUUUGGGUCACACAAUAGCACCUAAAUGAUGUUAAAUGACUGGCAGAGUAGUCUGCUCAGUGAUUUGCUUGUACCUCUUCUGUAAUGGAAAUAGAAUUAUUCUCUGGUGCUGUGAUAUCAUCAUCAGUUCAUGCAAACAUAUAUCUGUAUAUAUAACAUAUCUAUACACAUGUAUAUAUAUGUAUGUUUACAUAUAUACAAUGUGUGUAUAUAUGUGUGUGUGCACACACAUAUCCCUCUUGUUACCAGACGCUACAUAUCUCUUGAUAUUUAGAUGAAGAGGACUGCAUCAUGCACAUUUUGAAAGAAUUUGCUUCUUGCAAAGAAUGAAGAUGUUUUGGCUUUAGCUAAAUCUAAAUGAGAACUUUCAGAAAAGAAAAUUGAGAUCACCUCUGAAAUGAAGCAAUCAUGAUGUACUCCCCCAUAAUUAUAUGUAGCAAAACCCUGUGCACAUUGAAGGAGAUGCAUUGAUCUGGGUGGAGAUUUUUGUGGAUAGAAGUUUCUCAUAUAGGAUAGAUUCAGGAAGUUUACCUCAGAAUUAUGUAAACUGUGAUUGUGUUCAAAAAAUACUGUGUAAUGAUGGCACCAUUUUGUGUAUUUGUCAAUGUGGACAUGAGCACUAGAGUGUAUUUUGUAAAAUGAUUUGUACAGUAAAGUUACCUGGAAGGAUUUUUUUUUUUUUUUUUUUUACUUCAUGUUCUAUGAUGCCUAAUAUAGCAUCAGCUACCACCAUGGGUCAAGUGUGUCUGUGUCUUAGCAGAGCAAUGUGGGAGAAGGAGCAACAUAACACAUGGGUCCCAUGUCUUAGCAUGGACUUUUUUUUGGCAAGUUGACCCACUUCUUUAAAACCAGCCUCUGCUCUUCUAUUUUCAUUUUGCUGGUGUGGAAACUUGCACAGAAGAUGGGUUUUUUUUAAAGCCAUGUUGGGUCCCCCUUUUUCGUAAGAUACUGGCUGUACCCUUUUUUUGUCUGUGUUGAAUGCCCUGUAUUGGAAAAGUUAAAUGCUGCAUAUUCACGUGCAUUUCUAAUACCAAAGACAUAACUCAAGGCUAUAAAAGUCACCAGUCACCUCUUCCCCUGCGCUUUGUCUUGCCUAGAUGCAGCUCUUGCUGUCACACCUUGAAUCUUCAUCAGUAGUGCUUCAAAGUUUGUAAUAUUUUGUAAAUAUGUCAAUACAAUAAAGUAGUUACAACUUG